CAGCUUCCUGUUACUUCAGGACCAUCGUUGAUGAUUCUUCUUUCAUCUACAGCACUAAAGGAAACUGUGACGAUGCAAAAGGCGCAGAAGGGUCUGAUUUCCUAUGUGAAGACUGAAACUGAGAAGCGUUCUGGUGUUUUCUUUGUGGUGUCUGGUUUGGUCCUGACUGGCAUGGAAAAAGUCCUGGAGACGGAGUUUACAUGUCCAUGUAAGUCUGGUUGGAGCGCUUGGUUUUCAGCGGCCUAUUUCCUGGCUCCUUUCCUUCUCCUCUUUGUGGUGAUGUUGAAGAUCACAGGAUUUAAGUGGGUGUGCUCAGUGGAAACCGUGACAUCGGUGCUGCAGAGCCUGGUUCCACCGGUGACAUGGCUUGUCCUGCUCUUCAUGGACGGACGUUAUUAUGUGUGUGCAAGAACCUACUGGUCCGGACAUCUGGUGAAAGAUGAUAGCCAUAUUCCUGAGAAAUGGUGUAAACCGGACGACACAACCUUAGCAGCAGAACUAGAAGAAAAAACCCGUUGGUGGUUUUCACAGUCCCAGUUCUGGGGAGAGGCCUUGAUCAUCUCAGUAGUGGUAAUUUUGCUAAUGUACCACUGCACCAUCUGCAGCUGCAGCAGCUGUGGCCGCAGUUUCCUCCGCAGCUACUGCCUCUGCUGCCUCCACAGCCUCACCAGCCUGCUCUGCUGCAAUAAAUGCUGUGAAAGGUGCCGUGAAAGGUGCUGUGAUCGCCACUGCGACUGCAGCUAUGAAUGCGGCCAGUGGGUCUGCCAUGAGUGCAACAAAGAUCCUGAAAAACAAAAUUGUCCAGAGAGAGAACCAGAAUCAUCAGAAACUGUUCCACUUGCUAACUUACCCACAUCUAGUCAACCUGGGAACGAGGAGAAAUAACCUAUGAUUGGCAUCAGACACCUGAUGUUUUGCUGUUUUUUGCAAGAUUUGGUCUUUUUUAACUCUUCUCACUCUUUUGUCUGCUGAAUGUUUGUAAAGCUUAGUUGUAAAACUUCUGAUGUAAAUGAAUGGUUUUAUUCAGUCAUCACAUCCAGUAUAAAUAAAUACAAUAGAGACUGACUUUAUAUUAAACACAGACUGAGGUCCUAUAGUCCUGCUUAAUUAAGGUCCAAAAAAUAAAAGAAAAAUUGGCCAUAAAAUUAAAUUAAUCAGUGUAACCAUCACAAAAGGUCUUUUAGCUCUAUAUUGGUGUUUAACCCCAACAACAGCAUUACAUCUGCUUUUAUUGCCUUUAGUUUUUGUCCAAUAAUCAUCUUUUGUAUCUAAAAAUACUCAUAUCACUAUUUUCAGACACUGAUCAUUGUUUGAUUUGGAUUUAUAGGUUUAUUAAUAUACAAAGUUUCUGGUGAUGCUUUUUUUUUUCUUGCUUUUAAAGUUUUCCUUUUUAUGCCAUAACUAAUUAUCUUUAUUAGUAUUUUAUGUUUUCUUUGCCCAAACAGUCGUUGGGUGAUGUUUGUUGUUUUUGUGAGUGGAAACUGCAAGAGGAAGAAGUGGAACAUCAGUGAAGCCAUGGA